UUUUACCGAAUAUGCUGUGAAGUCCUACUGAAAAGAAAAUUGAAAACCCCGAAACUCAGAGACGGCGAGAAAAUACACAGCAACUCUCGAAACUUGCUCGGGGUCUAGCUGCAGGCGAAAACUCGGAUGCUGAGUGUUGUCCAAUGUCCAUGGCGGCAAGUUGGCGGAAGAAGAUCCCGUUUCACUGCUCGAAACCUGUGGUGCUCUUCCCGCGUUGAAACUCAACCGACCUUCGGGACCCUCAUCAAUGGAUUUCUCGGAGGAAUGGAAGUCCUUCUUCCCAAUCGGCAGCGUCUUCGGAGCGCCUCUCCUCCUCUCGAGCCGCGCAACCAGGGACGUUCUGGGUCCUCUCUGUUUCAACCCAGACCCCGAUUCCUCAACCCUGCUCUUCGAUUCCCCGGCUCUUUCUCCUCCUGUUAUCAAUCCUCCUUCCCACCUCUCGUUCUCUCGUUUCCUCGCCACCUCAGCUUCCGCCCACCACGAUUCUUACGUUCCUCUCUCCACCGUCUCCUGCAUCAACUCCUCCUUCCGCCCUCAAUCUUCCGGUGAUGACAGCGACAACGCAGCUUCCUGGCUUGCUCGCAAUCGAAUUCAACUCCUUAGGUCUCCUCAGGGGAACUCCGUUAUCGUCUUCUUCCCCUCCGGCUCCAAUUUUGACCAAAUUGGGUUUUUGGUGUUGGAAGUGAAAGAGGGCAGCUUGAAUGCUUUUGGGAAUGCCACUGGCGGAGUUUACAGCGCCAAUAAGCAAUUGAGUCAGCGGAUUAGAGGGGUUUUGGUUAACCCAGUUGCAGGUUCAGGUUGGCUUGGAGGUGGGUCUGCUGCUUCUUCUGAUGCUGUUAUUGGGUAUUUGUUGGCUUAUUGUAUUUAUUCAGUGCAUUGGUUCUGCGUUAGAAUUGGUGGAGGUAGUAAAAAGCCUGCGGUGGUAUAUAUGGGUUCCAGAACGUUCAAAAGCUCUGCCGUUGUGAGUGCUUGUUGGAGUCCGCAUUUGCCUGAAGAGAGUGUGGUUCUGCUGGAGAAUGGUUCCUUGUUUUUGUUUGAUUUGGAGUCAGAUAGUUCUAGCUCGUGUUUUAGAGGGACACGGUUGAAAGUGUCAUGGGAUGAUGAAUCUCCUGAUUCUGGGAACUGCAAGUGGCUGGGGUGUGAGCUAAGUUGGCAUCCUAGAGUUUUGAUUGUUGCACGUUCUGAUGCUGCUUUCUUGGUUGAUUUGAGGUUUGAUCAGUAUAAGGUGACUUGUUUAGCUAAAGUUCAUAUGUUUGGCCCUUAUGCUCCUUCUGGAAUGACUCGAUUCAGAGCUUUCUCCAAGGCCAUUUCCAGUCAUUUCCACUUCAUUCUGGUAUCUGGUAGCUUGUUAGUUCUCUGUGACGUUCGUAGACCAUUUUCACCGGUGUUGCAAUGGGCGCAUGGUCUUGACAAGCCAUGCUAUGUUGAUACCUUUAGAAUAUCCGACUUAAGGUCAAAUCUGAGGGACAGUAAUGCACAUAAAUGGGCAACUGAAUCUGGUUUCGGCAUUCUACUUGGAUCGUUCUUCAGUUCUGAGUUUAGUCUCUUUCCUUAUGGACCCCCUCUGCCUGCUCCUUAUAAGUCGAUUGCAUCGAAGAUCUCUGAAGUUUCCAAAUCCUUUUAUGCAUGGGAGCUCCCUUCUAGUCUCAAUCUGCCGAAUGCUGAUUGCAUCUGUGGGAGCUGUCUUCUGAAAGAAGAGUUUUCAAAAGAUGCUCUUCAUGAAUGGCUCGACUGGAAGCAGAAGAGAGAUAUUGUCCUAGGGUUUGGCAUUCUUAGUGAAGACCUGUGCUCUUUGCUACACGAGCCUGAUGAAUUUGGUGGAUUUAGUUUGAUUAGGUUGAUGUCAUCUGGAAAGCUUGAGCUACAGCGAUACUCUGCUUCAUGGGAUUUGGUGAGAACAUCAAACCAUCACACUGACCCAUUACUUAGUCAUGCAAAUAACUUAUACUUAUCUUUGGAGGAUGAGAGGUACAAAUUUCCUAGAAGAUAUAAAUAUUUAGAACUUGAUUAUCUCUCAGCGUACUUGAAUGGUGAUCUCUCUAAGAUCUUGGAUUUAAAGAUGAGGAAUGCUUCCGAGGUGGAUCCUUCGAACAAAGAGUCUCUUAGCCUGGACUGUCAUGAAGCAUUGUGUGAGAAGUUGAAGAUAAGUGGGCUGAAUAGAUUUAGAGCAUCUCCAAUUGUCAGCCUUGUUCUUAAUGAUGUGAACUUGCCAACAAGCAUACGUGAAGUUGCUUUGAGGAAGACGUGGGCUGGCCUGCCGAUGGAACUCCUACAGCUCAGCUUUUCUAGCUACUCGGAACUUCUUGAUGUGCUAUUAGACCAGAAGAAGGUUUCCCUGGAGUUCUUACCAGUCCCCGAUCUUCCCCAGUUGCCUCCAUUUUUCUUGAGGAAGCCCUCACAUCGUAGCAACAAAUGGUCGCAAAAAGAGUCGCGUGACGACAGUACUCUUGUGGGCCCAAUUCUUCCUCUGCCAGUUUUGAUUACAGUCCACGAACUGAAAAAUGGUGGCUGUCCAGCGAGCACCCAGGAGGAAACUGUUGAAUUUUCCGCAGAGGCUGAACUCAAUAACCAAUGCGAUGAAGUAAUGCGGAUGGCGAAGGAAGUUGCUGGAACAGAUUCCACCGCUAUUUUUGGUGAUGAGAAUGCUGUAUCCCUUGCCAGUGACACUGAUGAAAUCUGGGCUAAUUCUCAGCAGCCAAAAUCUUUCAUGCUAUAUCGUCCAGCAGCAGCAGUUCAGGGAACUAGUAACUGCAACAGCGGUUAUUCUAGAGAUCACAGCUUUAGUACCUUGAUUACAAAACUGCAAAGCAAAGAAGCCGGUGAUGGUGACAUUCAAGAUCCUCACAGACACAUCUUUGAAGAUCUAUGUCCCAUCGACUUGAAGUUCGACAAAGAUCUUGGCAACUUCAGCCAGGAGGAAGCUAAGGCAUACAAUUUGUUGAAGAGAAAGUUGAUACAAUGGCAGGAACAGUUCAAACCAUAUAAAGACUUUUGUAAUCUUUUGUAAUUGUCAUAUUAACACUUGCCUUUUAGGUCUGACGUGCAGCGAAAGGUUGCUGAUGUUGCCUCUUUCUUCCCGUUUUCUUGCUGCAGAAGCCAAGGAAUUGUCUUUUCAUCGUACUUCCUAGCUAGGGGGAUAGAAGUUGGGAGUCCAGUGAACUUUCCGUGCAUCUUCGGGAAACCAUAUGAACAAGCCUUUAAGUAUUUUACUUACCAAAAUACCAAGCCUUUGAAGUGUAUCUCUAAAUACGAAAGCUGCCUCAAAUAUCAUAAGGUAGAACUACGGUUUGAUUUUAUACUGGCGGAUUUAUUUCAUCAACUACGAGUCUAGUCGUUAGCAUGUCCAUCUCAUCUUACAGUUUCACGAUGUUUUUAAUGAGAUUGAGCAAUACAAAUCAUUUCGCAUCGACAGAGAAGACAAAUUGGCUUCCAUCUAGUUUUUGAAUCCGAACUCGACAUUAUUCAUUGGCUUCUGUGUAAAGAAAGAGACAUACAAAUGAUUUAGGUGCAAAGGUGAUCAGAUUAAAUUUUGUAAAGUGCA